AUGAACUACGUUACCGCACACCUUCAGAAGCCAACCCCUUGGUCGCAUCUAUAUGCAGAUGACAUAGUCCUUGUAGCAGAAACUUCACAACAGGUUCAAAUAGAUUUAACAGCAUGGUGCACAGUAUUAGAAAGUCGAGGGCUGAGAGUAAGUCGUACUAAAACAGAAUACAUGCACUGUAACUUCUCAGGAAUCAGAACAUCUAACAUCAGCGUGGCACAACCUCAGCUUGAUGGCACUCCUUUAAAACAAGUUGACCACUUCAAAUACUUGGGAUCUACUCUUGCAUCUACAGCCUCCGUUGACAUAGACAUCAAGGACCGGAUAACAGCUGCGUGGCUGAAAUGGCGAUCAUUGACGGGAGUCAUCUGCGAUGCAAAAAUGCCCAUAAAGGUCAAAGGAAACGUAUAUAAGAGAGAAAUCAGGCCAGUUUUAAUUUAUGGAUCUGAAUGUUGGGCUAUGCGAAAGUCAGAUGAACAACAAAUUCAUGUUACAGAGAUGAAGAUGCUCCGGUGGUCGGGAGGUGUAACCCUGAAAGACAAAGUUAGGAAUGAAUAUGUAAGAGGAACAUUUAAAGUUGCUAAUAUAACUGAUAAGCUAAGGGAAAAUCGCUUGCGCUGGUACGGGCACGUUAUGAGACGCGGUGAGGAUCACAUGACCAGACUCGUCAUGGAAAUUGAACAGCCUAGGAGACGCCCUGGUAGACCGCCGACAACCUGGAUGGGUACCAUUUCCAAGGAUAUGGGGACGACGGAUUUAGAGCCUGAACUGACUCAACAACGCCCGGAAUGGCGGAAAAGGAUUAGGGGGGCCGAGAGAAAUGGGACAUAG